UCCCACCUACGUCACGCUCCUAAUUUCAUCCAGACAAUAUCUCCUUCAUCCGUCCUUUUUAUCACAUUUCCAACAGACUUAACAGCACAAUGUGGCUCCUCACGUCGCCUUAAACUUCCUCUUCCUCAUUUGCAAUAAUGCCGUGCUGAGCGACGCGAAAAUGGCCACGAUGGAAAAGAACUUGAACGAAACGAGCUACAUCCUGGACAGGAGGACCUACAGCGAAGACAGGGCGAGUAGUAUAGAUUCGAACGAAAAUGCUUUCGACGACAUGAAGCAACUAAUAAACGAAGAAGACACAGGGAACAAGUCGAGUUUACCAUGGGCUAGUUUUAAUUUUAUCAAUUCGAUUAUUGGAAGUGGGGUUAUUGGGAUUCCGUAUGCUUUCCACGACGCUGGGUUCUUUUUUGGCGUUUUUUUGCUAAUAGUGGUUGCCUACAUUACCGACUAUUCGUUGAUUUUGAUGGUGAGGAGUGGGCAUAUUAGCGGAAAGUUUUCCUACCAGGGGAUUAUGGAGGCUGCUUUUGGUAAACCUGGGUAUAUUCUUUUGGGAGUGUUACAAUUUGUUUACCCUUUUAUCGCCAUGGUUUCCUACAACGUCGUGGUCGGCGACACCGUAACCAAAGUAAUAAUCCGGCUCACCGGAAUCUCGCAAGACUCCGUCUUCGCCAAACGCCACAUCAUCGUCCUCAUCGCCACCCUGCUCAUCACAGUCCCCCUGUGUCUCUACCGAAAAAUCGCCAAACUGGCGAAAAUCUCCUUCAUCAGCCUCGUCUGCAUCGGCUUCAUCCUCUUCUCGAUCUUCGUGCGGAUGGGCACCAUGAGCGAUAUCGUGCCGCCGCACCCCAACGCCUGGACCGUCUUCAACAAGGACAUCAUCCCGGCCAUCGGCAUCAUGGCCUUCGCGUUCAUGUGCCACCACAACACCUUCCUCAUCUACGGGUCCAUCGAAGACGCCAACGAGCGGCGCUGGGAGGUGGUGACCCACGCCUCCAUCUUGACUAGUCUGGUGGUGGCGCUGCUGUUCGGGAUCGCCGGGUACGCCACCUUCACGGCGUACUCUCAAGGUGAUCUGCUGGAAAAUUACUGCUGGACCGACGACUUGAUGAACCUGAGUCGGCUGCUGUUCAGCGUGCAGAUUCUUCUGACUUACCCCAUCGAAUGCUUCGUCACUCGCGAGGUCAUCACCAACUCGUUGCUCCGAAAAGACCCCAACGUGCCGAUUUCUGAACGAACGCACUAUCUGAUUACGUUAGCCAUCGUUGGCACCACGUACUUCAUUUCGAUAUCCACUGACUGUUUGGGGGUGGUUCUCGAACUGAACGGUGUCCUGGCAGCCGUGCCUUUGGCCUACGUCCUGCCAGCCCUUAGUUACCUUCAGCUGGAAGAAGGUCACGUCUUGUCCUCCCGCAAACUUCCAGCCCUCUGCGUGGUCCUCCUAGGACUCACCGUCGCCAUUCUGGGCGCGGUUUUCCUGAUUGUCGAUUUCCAGGAAGUCGACACCUGCUACCACGGGAUCAUGGAAUACUGCCCCAAUGCGACGGACUCCUCGGUCACUUUUUAAUCGAGGGUGAUAGAGCACGGGGUACGCCCCUAAAAUAAUCAAAAUCUAUGUAAUUACGCAAUCAAAUAUUAAAAAAAGAGAGCUUAAACUGUAUAAAUGAUAUUAUUUUUCACGAUGAAAAAGUUUAAUAACUAUUGUUGCCAAAUAUUUUGUGAUCUUGCUCUAUAUAUUAUAUAGUUAUGCGAUAGCUGUAUUGUGAAAACGAACUAGUAAAUAAAGUCAGCCAUAUUUAUUUACUAAGAUAUACGAAAGUUGAGGUUUCUAGAUAUAUUAUAAUAACAUAGUUCGGAGUGUGCCAAUUUGUGGAAGAGCGGAAUUUCUUGCAAUCGUGACGCGAUUGGGGGAAAUUUCGCCGACUUUUACCGACUGAUCUCGAAAGGCGGCUGCGCCAUCUUUGAUUCAUUUCUCUCAUGUUUUAAUGCACGGAUUUUGCCAGUUUUUCGACUUCAGCUGCACAAUGUGAUGUGUUUUCUGUGAAAUGUAGAUAAAGAUAUGAAUAAAUGUUAUAUAUUUCAUUAUAA